AUGCCCUGCGGCCGCAUUUGGACGGAAUGGCUCGCCGAGCACGUCGCAAAGGAAGCAAGGGAGGAGGAACCCAAGCGCUUCGCGGCUGCCGUGCAGUGCCUGAAGGACGACUGGGAGAGGGCGAAAGGGGUCGAUGGAUACGACAAGUUUGAUCGCGUGCUGCAUUGGUUUCCGAGGAUCUUUGCUUUCAUGGACCUCAAAAGGGACUAUCCAGUGGAAGAUGUCAUUACUCUUGUCCAGGUGUCCCUGGAGAUCGUGUUUGAUGCCAAGGACGACGUUGCUGUGCUGGUGAGAUAUGGAGAGAUUGUGAGUUUCCACUUGAAGAAAAACAGGAAAGAAAUUGCCGGGAAGCUGGAGAUUCCCUGGCGACCUUUGCAUGAGCUGGCCACCCACGUUUGGGAUCGGAAAAGGCUGAGCUACCAAGGCGAAGAUUCCUUGAUGGCCCUCCGAGAUUCCAUUCAAGAGCUUGUAUACCGCUGCUCAUCAUUCUUCCCAAACUCCUCCGCAGCAGAGAUUUGGGCUGAGUUCCGGCCUGCUCUCUUGCACACACAAGGCCAUGAGUGCUUUGAAGCGCUCGGUUGGCUGGUUCAUUUCAUGCCCACCCAGUCGAUUGGAAAAGAUGCAUCUGUGAACUGGGAUGGUUGGUUUGAUGAGUGGCUGGAUCUCUAUGAGAGGAUUGCUCACUGCGAGUUCUGGGACUGCCACUGGCUUGACCUCUUUGGCAGAUUGGCCAAGCAUGACACCAAUGGUGCAAUUGACUGGGGAAAGAACCUUCCACGCCUUUACACCCUGUUCCUCCGAGCUUUUGCAGUCCCAGUGGGAACAGCGACUGCGGACGCGCCCAUGUUCAAAUCACCCUCCCACAGGGCAACGCUCCUGUUUCAGCUCAAGGGAUCACAGGAAAUGCUGAGCAUUGCUAAAUGCAUGAUCUACAUCCUGAGGAACAUGGCUGAUGAGGGCCCUGGGCUCCGUUGCAUGGAGAAAUUUGUCAGUCUGUUGGAACAGUACUGCCAUCCAUCCAACAACGGCAGGUGGACGGGUGACUUGGCAAGUUUCUUGAACUACCUUGUCAAGUAUUUUCUGGAGCAGCUUGCCAAGCAGGGACGUGAGGGCUUGACAGAACCAAGACACACCAUUUCAAAACAGACUGAGAAGAGCAUUCUUCGGUGCCUACUGCUGAUGGCAUCCCGUGGCCAAUACUCAAAAGAGGAAGACAUGAGGCUAAAAGCAUCUCUGGCUAUGUGCAAUUUGGCAUAUGUCGAUCCCGAACGUGUUCUGCCAUUAGUGCACAAGAGGUUCGAAGAAGCAAUGGAAUCGCUGACUGCCACACACCAACUUUCUGCUUCCAUCCAUGGACUGGGAAUUUGUGUGCGGCCAAUGCUGCUGGCUGGACUUCAUCUUGAUGGUGGAUUCGAUGCCAGAGAAGCCGCGACUGAGUCAAUUGCAGCAGCCAUGAUGGAGGUGCUUCCUGGACUGGAUGCCAAUGAUCAAACAAAGACCGGUGCCGUCCUACGCUUCUAUGCGGCAGUGAUGUUCAGCAUCCCCAGCUUGGAGCCGCUGUCUGGUCCAGCUGCUGGCAGACUUGUGCUCCCUUUGGAUGUCGAACUGUGGGCCGAGGAAGUGCUGUCAAGAAUCUUUGCCCUGCUGGAGAACAUGGAAGCACCGGAGCACAGGACCGACCAAUCACACACCGCUGCCAAGGCGGCUGUGAAGCCAACAUUCUUGAUGCAUGAAUAUGCAUUCUUUGAGGCCUUUGUGGAUCAGCUGCUCUUGAAAUUGCCAGACGAUCUGCGACGGCACGUGGUGAAGCGGAUCAGUGGUUUUCUCCUGACUUCCUGCUUGCCGUCUGUGAUAAAAGAAGCCGGAAACAUGUGUUGCUCAGCAUCUGAAAUUGACCCUGAGGCGACAAUCCAAUUCCUUGUCAAACCACUGAUUGAGAAAAUCUUGGAAGAACUCCCACCUGUCUCAGGAGGAAGCCUCAACAAAAACAAUUUCAGCCAUUCCCUGGAGACAACGGUUCUUUGGCAUUUGAGCCUGUUGCAUGCAGCAAUUGCAACACUGGGAAAAUUUAUUGCCUCAAACUCAGAGUCUGUGAUGGAGGUUGUGGACCGUGCGCUUGCAGUCACUUCUAAGGAGAUUCAGGGCGCUGGCAUGGACAUACUUGAAAAUGCACUGAGUGCUCUCACGAAUUUGUACCCAGUUCUGGAAAUUCAAGCAUUCCGCACAAACAUUCUCCCCUGCGGAGCACAGAGUUGGGUUUCAAAGGACCCUGAGGACUGGUCGCCACCCAGGUGGCACACCCCUUCUGCUGCUGAACUCAACGCAGCAGAGAAGUUUGUGGAGUAUUACCUGGAGUCAGGAAUAAAUGAACUGCACGAUCUUGCAUCUGAGAUGGUUCAAGAUUCCAGUGGCGACUUCAAAGACAGAGUGACGCAGAGCCUGUGCAAGGUGCGGGCAGUCCUGUUUGGGGCAAAGGAGAGCCUUGUGGAUUUUGCCAUCCCUGAAGUGGUCCAUAAACCUCCAGGCUACUUUGGUGAAGUUGUUCCCCUCAGGGUUGCCGGUGCAAGUGGGAUCACGAUUGGAGCACCAGGUCUGCAUGAACGAGCUGCGGAGGCACUGUGUCAGAUCUGCCCCCAUCUUGGGGACCAAGAUCCAAUCGUCUCCUCGCUCCUUGUGGAAGCUAUUGAUGGUGUGCUGUGCCUUGGAGGAUCACCUGCGCCUGAUGAGUAUUCGGAUAUCUUGAAUGACGGGCAAGAUACCGCUGACACCCUGUUUUUGGAGCCCCCAGUGGCGGCCCCAUUGCUGCAGGCAGGGGUUAACUGGCACAAGCGGAAACCAUUGUACCGCACUCUCUUCAGGCUUUGUGAUCAGUAUGGAAAGAGGUCAUCAGAUGCUAUGUACCAGAUGUGGUAUUCCACAGCAAACCCGAUUAUACUUGACCCCGAACUUGUGCCCAAGAGCUUUGGACAGCUCUUUGGUGAGGUGGUGCGGUUCUCCCUGCACCGAUAUGAGGUCGUUCGACAGGGGGCACUGUGUAUUGUAGAGAGGGCUUUUGUGCGAUUUCCAGCUCUUGUGGAUAUAUAUCAGCCAGUGUAUUUGCUGGCCAUUGCUCGGUCGCCCAUUCCCCAAGAAUUGUCGUUGAAGGCGCUUCAUGGCAACCCAACGUUCCAUGAGGACACACACAAGCAGCUCAUGGCUUUCAUGUCACCUCUGGAUGUUGAUUCAAUUCCGUCUGUGGCUGGUCAAGCCACAGAAAGUACUGCAGAGGAGAUGGAGCAGGAUGCCAUAGUGGCAGGAGCAGUAUCUGUCAUGGCUGUGUCGGUCGCAUGGAGAGGGAUUUUUAGGAACCCAAAGAAGCUGGCGAUGGCCGUGUAUGCUCUCAUGGGAUCCAGGCAGAACAAGAGCAGUGGCUCGCAAAUGUCUGCCAGCAUCUUCAUUUGGCAAUUCCUGCUUCGUUUCCUGGGGGUGCCUGCUGGCCAUGGAGGUGCUAUUGAUGCAGAGAUUCUUGAAUGCCAGAGAAAGCUGAUGCAGCUUGGGAAAGAGGGCGUCCUUUUGAACUGGAAGUAUUCUCUGCUAGCCAAUAUCCUGCUGCUCGCCAGCCUUCCAAACAGGUCUGAUGCAGCCAUAGUGGCCUGUGUGGAGCACUUUCUUCAGGCAAUGAAUAGCAAGCUGCCAUCCUUGAGGCAAGUCUGCAUGGUAGGGCUGUACUCCACUUUGCGGCCGCUCAUCACAUCAGGAGUGGUGAACCAGUCAGUCAUCCAAAAGGUUCGUGAGUAUAUUUCGAAACCUGGGUUUGGUGACAGUUUUCUCCACAACCUGAUACAUGGCCAUGUUACCCACCAAGCUGACGAUGAUUCCAAGAAGUAUCAAAAGCACAUCCAGUACAGGAUCAAGGAAGGGUCUUUUGAGGAAAGGCUUGUGCGGAAUGCGCAUGUGCUGCUGGACAGGUUUGGCAAGUGGCCAGAGACUGACAAUCCAUCGGCCACGCUGGAUGGGAGUUUUGACCUUCCGCAGGCGAGAGUGGUCCAGGCCUUUAUGUCCCUUGCCCCAUCAGAAAUGCUGUCUGCUGUACGCCAGCCUGUGCAGGCGCUGGUGGAGGCCUUGGGGAAGCACGAAGCCGAGAAGAAUGAACAGAGUGCACUGGCUGAAAUUCUUGGGGGCAUUUUAGCAUCAGGUGUGCCAUGGUGCACCACUUCCUCGGGUUGCAAGCCCUGGGAUGAGUGGGUGAAAGAUGCACUAAGAGCAACCUUGGAAGCUGCCCCUCUGGAGAACUCGAGUGUGUAUGUCCUUGCUGUCAGGUUUGGUGUUCGUGGGCUGCUCGACCUUGUCAGUGAGAGCAAUGGUGGCAGCUGCCUUGGUGGUGGAGAUUCUGCAAUGCCAGCAGUGAAGGCCCUGCUUGGUGCCAUAUGCAUACCUUUUGAUAUAUCGGGUGCUGGUCAGUCAGCCGCUGAGAUCAAGCGACUCAGCAACCUGUGUGGCGCUUUGAAAGAGUUAAUGAUGGUGUUUCCCUUGGAAAGGCUGCCAGCACAGCUGGUACCUAUAUUUGCUGGCAUUCUGGAGCAGCUGCCCCAGUUGAUGAACAUUGAGCUCCAAAGCGUGCGUGACCAUGUGGCACGUCUCAUGGUUUUGGUGUGUGGUUUUCUCUUGGAAGACAAACAACUACCUGUGGAGAACUCACUGAAGGAGGUCCAACAGAAGGCACAGGGUGUGUGCGACCUCUUAGUCCGGCGAUUUGCCGAGGGGGUGGAGGUUAUAAAGUCUACGGCAGCAGGAGGGGUGCCAGAAUCGGAUGGCGGCAAGAGUGCAGACCCAAUGGAAGUGGAGGGUGCUGGGGCUGAGGAAGGGAGUUCUGAGUCGCAUGCCGCUGCGCACGUUGGCCUUGAUGCCAAGGUUGGGAUGGCGGCUGAAUUUGUUACUGCAGGCAUGCGCUUCUGUCAAUCUCCCAGCCUACAGCAUGUUCUGCUCAGGCUGCUCUCUGGCUUGUUCCAAGUACAGGAGCUAACCACCCCGAGCUUGAAGCCACUGCAGCUCGAGGCAUCCACUGCGUUUGCGCUGCUAAAGUACCUGCCAGUUUCUGUGAGACACGUCCAGGACGUGGUUGACAGUAUCUUGGAAUCUCCAAAGAUGGACCAGUGGAGCGCCCGAGCGGCAGGCCUUGUCUACUUGCAGGUGUUUUGGUUCCGCCACUGUUUCUUGUUGUCUCCCAAGCAAUCCAGCAGCCUGGAAGACAUGGUCGUGAGCAGGCUUUCGGAUACCAAGCUGGAGGUGCAGACGAUGGCAUCAAACACCCUGGCUGGCAUCCUGAAAGGGAUGGAACCGAUGCAAGAGCAAGCACUGAGGUCGCAGUUUGUAUCCCAAAUCCGGAGAUUCUACCCUAACGGCCGACGAGCCAAGAAGGCCAAAGACUGUGCAACUGUGCAGGAGAAGCACGCAUGCAUUCUGGGACUCAGAGGGUUUGUGAUUUGCCACCCCUACGACAUCCCCUCGGAAUGGAUGCCCGAGCUGUUGACGCUGGUGGUCCCCGCGGCUGGAGACCCGCCGCCCAUUCGGACGACUGUGACAAAGAUGCUGGGCGAUUUCCGUCGGACGCACGAGAACGAGAGCCGUGAGGACCUGCGUGCCGCCUUUGACGACGAGCAAUGGGAAGCGCUCAUGGGCGUUGGCGCCCAAGCUUCCUACUUCACUUGA